AUGUGUGGUCUAGAUUCUUACCCAGGUAUUGACCACAGGAAGGGAUCAUUGGAUAUGAUAGAGAGAUUUAUCAAAGAUAGGGAGGCUGCAUGGACAUCCAAGAAAGAGGCUUCUCCACCUAAGAUGAAAAAAUCUCAGGAAUGUGCAGGAAAGACAAAGGCACCUGCACAGAGAACAUCAUCCAGAGCGAAACAAAGAGCAACAGUCAAUCCUGUCAGAACUCUGGAUGAAGGGUUACUCAAGGACAGUCAGUGGGAAAUCACUGAGGUACCUGCAGUAACACAUGUUGAUGCUGGAAAGAGCCCCAUAAGGCAUGGGGAUCACACAAAUACUUUGAUGAACAGAGCCUUCAUAGAAGGCAAUAGAGUUCUUGUGAGCAGGAAUCUGGUUUCCUGGAUGAUUGAGCAAUAUUGCAUCCUUGUUGGCAUCCCACUAAAUGAGCCCCUCCAUGGACAGCUCAUCCCACAAUCACCAGAUGAGUACCACAAUCUGACAGAGCAUGACUACUUGGAGGCAUUAGGCAUAGAAUGCCUGUAUGCACCAUUGGUAAAUGCAGAGGAGAGCCCUGAUCAUCUGAUCCAUCUCACACAUGCACUUGGGAGGGCCAUCAAAGAGACUCACGCCUUGUCUUAUUCCAAGCCCAGCACACAGUACUUGGACCCCCUACCACCCAUGUUUUUGCCCAUCCCAAUGAUCCCAUGCAGGAACAGCUCAAUUGACUCAACAGAUACAGGUGAUCAUGAUGGAUCUGUGUCCAACAACGCAUGUACUGCGAAUGCACAUUCUGCACUUCCUGGCUCAGAGACCCAGGAAGAUCUUAUUGUCAUCAAUAGCAAUCUGAUCAGCAAUGCCUGCUCAAGACACAUUACACAUGUUGAUGACAAUUGUGUGCACAUCAAUGUUAAUGAUGGCCACCCCGAUGUAAUGGAUACAGAGGCAGUCAGGGGUGGACAUGGUGAUGACAACAACAAUGAUUCAAAGGAUGGUAUGGAUGGAGAAGGGAAAAGGAAGCGAGUGGACUCACUGGCUCCAUCUCCCUCAGUGGUACUACUUUUUCUUGACAAGGGGUAUGGUCCAUGCCUCAUCACCUCCUACUUGCAGGACCUCCUCCAACUGAAGUGGCUGAGAAAAGCACAUUGGCCACAGAUCUGGGCAAGGAAUCAACUGCUAGGAAAUGCAUUGAGAAAACCAAUACCCAUGAUGGUAAUACAAGGCAACUUCCUGCUGCAGCCUAGGAGUCCAGAUCAUGCCCAAGUUGUGGUACCAAGUAAUUAUGGUGACAAAUCAGAAUUUCUCACGUUCUUGAAUGUCAAGUGUAAUCAGUUCAAUAUCUUCACCAACAUGAGUCAGGAUACAACUAGGAAAGAAAGAUGGAGAAAUGAAUUGGAGGACACUGGCUGCACUUUGCAUGGAGUAAGGAUUGAGCGAUGUGCAACAUGGCAACAUCUUGGAAGUGUAAUCAGUGAUACCCAGGCUCACUGGACUACAGAGAGACAUGUGGUCAAGUGUGAAUGCAACAUGGGUAGUGGAGUAUCCAUGGAUGCCAAUGACAGUGCAAUAGAAGGUACUGCUGAUGACCUGGAUGGUAUCUCCAAAUCCAAUUUGUGCAUCAUGAAGUCCAUGGAGGAACUCAUUAAACAGAAAGUUCCACACACCUGA